AAGUCGAGAUUCGUCGAACUAUAGCAAUGAUUUGGGCAAGGUCUUUUUUACCGAUACCUCGUUGCAAAUAUGUUAUCAAGCGGCCUCGACCACAUUAUUCACUGCAGAUUGUGUAUUUACAUUAUACGGAUUCGGAAUAGCGUCGACUCUAGAGCCCGCCAAUCAACGCGUCUCUUCAAUGCGGCCGCAAUUCAAGUCCGCGCUUCGUCGCAUGUGCAAUACUGAACAUCCCCUCAUCUACGUGCAGUCCAUACGACUUUGAAAAUGAUUGUAUCGUGAACGGACUCAAUUACACUACGAGCACCGACUGAGCCAGCGAUAUCAUUCACGACCUAGCGCCGACAAUGUCCUACGCUCCGCGCCCAACGAACAUCCACCCCCACCCCUCAAAUUCAAGUCUAACGAACCACACAUCGACGUCGAUACCUUCCCUCCGCCAGCCUAGUCAAUCACUCCUCCAAACACGGAUCAACGCAAAGCGUGCAGAACUCGACAAUCUACGCCAAUUGCGCGAUCUCAGCGCAAACCUGGCGAACCAAUUGUCAACUCUAGAAGCGAAACUGACAACCCUAAGAGACGGUACUCAGAGCGUGGCUUUGGUCCUAGCAAACUGGGACAAUGUCCUGAGGGCCAUAAGUAUGGCUGCGAUGAAAGUUCCAAGACCGUCAGCGCAAGACCAGGACGAUGCAGAAACACACCCCGAGACAGGAGAUGAGGAUGACAACACAGAAACGAAGACGAAAAGACAAGGAGAAGGACAUGUACAACCACGAACGACGCAGACCCUACCAGUCCCGCUGGUUAGGAUACCUGUGCAGCCUAAGGGGGAAGGCGGUGGAUGAUCAACCAAAAAGGUGGGAGAGUAUUGUCCGGUCAAUCUCAUAGAGCGAAUGACGGGCGAUAUCGCCUUACGCAGCAUCUUCGGGAAGGCUAGGCCUCACCACCCUCAAUUCAAUCGGCGUCUCGAUCUCAAACAUCGAGUCAGACCUGUUUCGGAACAUUCACGUUUGGGAACCUCAAUCACCGCCUGAAGUAAUGCAUGAAACAUCAUUA